GUUCGGUUUUCGGGACAAUAACACGAAAAAUAACACAGGUUAUUUAUUUAUAUUUUUUUUUUUGCGGCAUUAAAAGCUGCUCGUUUGACGCAAAUGUUGGAGAUUUUUUUUCUAGAUUUUAAAAAAGCGAAAAACAGCGCUUGGAUGUGAAAGUGGAUGAAGGAGGGGAAGGAGAACGACCUCUUCUCAUCCUCCGCUGCGCAUGCUCAGAACGCGCUCCCGUCUUAUUAAUUUUUAAUGGAAAAUGGCUGCGUUUCUUCUCCAAACCGCUGGAGCUGGGAAAUAAAAAAAAAAGCUCGCGUAGCCGAAACACACACGCGCGCGUUUCCAUUGUCGGCGCCGACGAGCUCAACCCGUUUUCGGCGACUGUUCGCUACCGAGCUGCGGUCCCGUGGAGCGAAAAUAUUCGAGGGGAAAUGGAUCGACUCACGCUUUGAGGGAUGAAAGAUCAUUUUUCUCCUUAACCCUUUCUGCUCCGACAUCCGCGAACAAUCGAGUAGAAGAUGAUGCGCCAGGUGACAAGCAGCGAUUUCUGCAUUAACAGCAGACCGUCGUGCCUGGCGGACGACGGCCACCACCCCGCCUCCCACUUCGACCUGUGCACCACGCAGGCCAACAAGUUCUACCCGCCCCCCCCGCCGUCAUCCCUCCAGAUGACGCUGGCUCCCAUGGCCUUGCCCGCCCAGAGCCACAAGCCCAUGGUGUGCCAGAGACAAGAGGUUCUCGGGGGCGACCCCCGCGCUCCCGGGAAGAUCCCGGGCAUGAAAGGCGCGGACCAGGCGCCGGACGACGCCAAGAAGAAGAACAAGGGCGCGGGGAAGACGGGCAGGCGCGGGAGACCCCUGGGAACCACCAAGCUAGCCGGGUACAGAACCAGCACGGGGCGGCCCCUCGGCACCACCAGGGCCGCCGGGUUCAAGACGAGCCCGGGGAGGCCGCUCGGCACGACCAGGGCGGCGGGGUACAAGGUCAGCCCCGGGCGGCCUCCCGGCAGCAUCAAAGGUCUUUCCCGCCUCAACAAACUGCCUUAUAGUAGCACCUGCAGCGGAGCGGCUUUCCCCUACCCGCUGCCACACAAAGACAUCCUCUGUGAACCUUCCUGCAAAGAGAAGACAACCAAUGAGUAAAGGCUCCACCCUAUUUUUACAUCACCCUUCAUCACUGGAAUAAGAGACAUGCAGUAUAUACGUACAGUUUUUUUCCUGCCACAUAUCGAGGGUGACUGUAAUCUUUCCCAGUCCGCUGCGAGGCUGAGAGGACGAGAUUUUCUAUUAAUCGUGUUGGUGUCAUUUGUGUGCCUGCCACCUGAUAUAAUUGCUGUUUGUUUUUUCAGUGCUGCGGCUGGAGAUCUAUAGUGCGCGUGAAAGGUUUCGCUACACACUGAGCGAGAAGUUUUUAUCAAACAAGUGUAGUGUUUAGUUUAAUUUUCUGUGUGCUGCGUGUAGCAUUUUAACGCCAACAAAUGAUAGAAGCAAAACUAUUAAGAAACUAAGGAGAUUAUUGUUGACAGCCUCAGUUGUGGGGGAAACAACAAAACCAGGACAUCACGUGCUUUGAAUGUUCAUCACACUAAAAUGUGUUUGCAACAGGAAGCGUCUGCUUGUGACGGGAGUCAGAGAGGAGUCAAAAAACUGACGUACACACGUUUCUCCAUGCCAGCAGUAAAUCCAAUUACGUUCCGCUCCAGAAUUAAUACUUAAAAUCACCACUCGUCCCGAAAUGUGUCACCAAACGUCACUUCAAAUAAAUGUCUGCACAUUAUUUGCAUGCAAAUGUCAUCAGAGCAACCCUAAGGAUUGUUGUUAUCCGAGCGAUGUUGUUUUUCUUCUUCUUAACUCGAAAAAAUAAGCAGCUGACUUCCUAAUACGGACUUUGUUUGCCAUGUUUAGUUGCCAAGGAGAACUUGUUGCAAACUUCAUUUGGAUGGACAGUUCCUGUGCGUCCUUCUUAAUGCUGGAUCACUCAUAAGUUAUGGUAAUUAAUCUCGGCUACUUUAUACUUCAAACCAUUGCUGGGAGUCCCGUACUCUGCGUUUCUCUGCUCUCUUAUUUAGCCAGCUUGUGUACUGUUGGGAACAUUUUUGAUACUUGUACAAAUUUUAGCACACAUACCAAAAUUAAACGUUUUAUAAUGCAUGUUUUUUUUUUUCUGUUUUCUUUACACAGAAUUAAUUUUGUCUUCUUUUCAGUACAAUGCAGACCAUUUGUCUCCCCCUUCUGGCAGCGAGAGUCAUUACAAAAAUACUGUUUCUGCUCUUCUUUGAUUGCUUUCUCAUAGACUGUAAUUCCUCUUCUAAAUUCCAAGUUUCUUUUUUGUUUUCUUUUUUAGAAACGAGUCGACUGCUUUACUUUAAAUGAUCUCACAUAGUCGCAUUACUGUGUUAACUGUAGACAAUUAUAUAAUUUACUUUAAUGCUACGUUUUGUCCCAGGACAGUGUGCAUACUGCUGUCCAGAAUAUAGGCUUAUCUGUCAUUACAUUGUAGUUAAUAAUCUUUUAAAACGUUUAACUUGAUGUGAUACUUGUGUGACAGACAUUUGCCCGACGAAAGGGUCAAAUAUCUUUGUGGGAGUCGUGCUCACAGAUCAGUGCAUUUAAAUGCUGAAUUUUAAAUGAAUAAGACCCUCACUGAUAAGGCUGUUGGUCACAUUUGAAAGCUGCAGAGAGACGGGGGCAGUUCCUCCAAAGAAAAAAGAGAAAUUCGAGUACAUUAGUGUCUUUCAGUGAGUUUUAAGUGUGAAGAAUCAUUAAAGACCUCAACCGUUGAAGCAUACGGAGCCCUUAAGGCUGCUAUUCACAAAUAUGAGACAGUUUUUCCUACAGUCAUCACACAAAGAAUUCAUUUUGGAAUAAAAUUAUAUGUUUUAUCCGUCUUUUCCUGUUUUUAACCAGCUGUGAUCAUGUUUUUUUUUUGACAUUGCCAUUCGAUUAUGUGUUUUUCUUUUCUUUUAUGUACAUAAAAAUGGGAAAGCUGGUGUUUUUAUGAAUUAUUUAGUGCACACACACUAGAAAGGAACUAAGAAAUGCUUUAGCUUAAUUGGUUAAAAAUUCACAAUUUUACAGCAUGUUUAAAUAUGAUUUAGAUCCAAAAUAAGUGUUUUUGACUUUUAAGUUUUUGUAUUAGGAGUGAACCAUAUAACUCACUUUAUUAUGAGCAUAAUUUUUUUUUUUAUUAUUAUUAUUAUUAUACACACAGUAUAUGGGGAAAUUCAAAUCCAGAGAGUAGAGAAAUAGAAAAUCUUCACUGAGUUGUUCUCUUACAACAAAAUUUGAAAUAGUUGAAUUUGGUGCAAUAAAACAGUGUAUGUAUUGUUACUGUGUAAACUUUGAUACUAUCACUUUUUAUCAUUGCUGUAUUUCUAAACUCAUGUACAAGGCCUUUCUAGCACUUGUUUUAUUUACAUGCGUAGUGUUAACAGAGGUAACUGAAAUGUCACAUACAAACAUCCUUUUCCAGCCUCCUUUACCAAAGAAUAGAUCUUAUCUAACUAUAGAUAUUUAGGGAACAGCUCACAAAAUAAACAUAGCAUGAAAGUUACUGUGUAAAAUGUAAAUGGAAAAAAAAACACUAUCCCCUUAAACAUAGUAUGACUGAUGGAUUAACACCUUUAAAUCUGGUACUCAAACCUAGCAGAAGUAUGCUUCAUGGCUAAAACUGAAAAAAAAAAAAAAAAAAGCCAUUGUAAAUUUCUUUACACACAUCGUUUUUAUAUCUGUCUGUUACUCUGCUUUAAAAGUAUUGUCCUUUUUAUAUAUGAUUCUUAUGUAGCCGAUACUAUAACUGGUAUUUUUGUGUUGAGGUUAUGGCUGAAAUGGUGCCUGGUUGUCUCAUUUUCUAAAGUUUGUCUUUUGUUUUCCACGGUGUUUGUGUUAGAAUGGUUAUGAAGUUUGGGUCCGAUUGUUUGUUUGGAGUUUUAACAGGAUAAUGAUGCUCGUAGGAUGCGCUGUUAGCUGUAUAGCCCUUUUUACACAGCAGACAUUUCGAUAGGACACAGUAGUAGUGAAAGUGUAAAUAAGAAAAUGAACGAUGGCUCGCUGUCAGACUUAUUAGGACAUUUGAAUGACACCUGCAUCUUUUCUGUUGGAAAAUUAAAAAUGGCUACUUCGUCUUUUCGGCUACCAUCUGCAACUUGAUGGGGAUUUCUUAAUGAAAAGCUGACACGUGUUUCUCCACAGGCUAACUGGGUAUUUUAUCUUGUCUUAAAGUACCACAAAAUACACCCGCUCAACAUUCAGCAGCUCAAAUGAGUCUUUACAGUGUGCUAGUUUGCUGCUAGCUGCUAGCUAGCGAAGUUGAUUCUAGCUAAGCUAGCUUUCUAGCUUGGGCAUAGAAUUAAUUGGGUUAAAACUGGGAAAUUUAAUCCUAAAAUAAUGUGUACUAUUCCUAAAUAUCGUACAGAUAUCCUUGUUUACAGAUCCUCCGAAUUGCUUUUGAGAUUAGCACGAUUAGCAACACACAGAGUGGUGUUUCAAAUGUGUAUUGUUAAAUGCUAACAAAAAUGCUAACUGGCGUACCCAGUGUAGUAGUAGUUGUAGUAGUAGUCAAUUCUUUCAGCUUAGAAUAUGGAAAAAGAAACUCCCAACAACAUGUUUCACCCCUUUAAGUUACAGGUGUUAAUGGAACAUAAAGUAAAUGCAGACUUGAAGUUGCAAAACCUGGAUUAGAGAUGAAAGUGGUCAACUAUUAACUAUAUUAGAUGUGGUUGCGAUUUACGUAAGAACUCAGCCAGGAGUAUUUAGGCUUUCUCCACCUUGCAUUUCUUAAUUCUGUUUCACUAUGUAGCUUAUGUAAAAUACUAAACAGAAGGACAAGGUGUUUGAACUUGUAUCUUAAUAACCUUUCUUUUCCUGAUUUUCUUUUCUUCCAAUAAAAACAAGUCAGUUUAUAGACAUUCCUGGUAUUUAUAUCUGUAAUAUUUAGGUUUUGCAAUCUGUGCUGACACAAAGUUUGUAAGUUGUUCUUUUCAUUACAGUUGUUUUUGUGAUUUAUUUUAUUUCAAUUUUUUUUGUAUCACCAUCUUCAACAUUCAAUCAACACCCCUAAAAAAAAUGUCACAUCUCUUUUUUUCUGAGACAACGUGAAGCCCAGUUAUUCCUGAAGAGUGACCAGCGAAGCCUGUAAAGCUUUGUAUAAUUCCCACUUUAUUCCUGCAUGAUUGUUGUGGAAUGUUCAAAAGUUGUGUAAUAAAUCUGAAAGUAACACUGUC